AUGCCUACAACUUACCGGGCCAACAUGUGCAGAGCCGAGUUGCGGUGGUUUUAUGUGACGGACGCGACAGGCAAGGUGGUGAAGGCCUUUCCCUGCCUCUUCGGGCAGCUGGGGGACUUCCCAGAGUCGUCGCGGUCUACUUCGACUAUGCAGCAAGGCUCACAUCGGCCGAGUUCUUCGUGCUACAUAAAAGAGACACAUCUGGCAGACCUGUUACAUAAGUCGGUGGUGCGGACGGUGGAGCUGCAGAGACGGGUGGUGGAGGCAAUUCAGUCAGCUGAUGACAGCAAGGCGGCGGAGAAAAUCAAAAAGCGAUGGUCCACACACCCUGUGCAGUGCUAUUUGGAGAUGUGGAACUUUGCCGAGACCACGUGGGGAAACGUGUUCCUCGCAUGCGCGGCGGACCUUCUCCACGUCCUGGACGGGGGUAUGCUGCCACGCAUGGGCAAGUGCUUCAUGGUUGGGAAGAGCAAGCCAGAGAGGCGUGAGUUCGAGAGGCGCCGCAAGGAACAAAAGAAGGACACGCGCGCAAGUGUGGCCGUGCAAAGACUGAAGCCAGUCCUGACAAAGACAUCACGGAGGGCGCACGUGGACGAAGACCUGGAUGCGGUGAUGUGGGCGUAUCGCGAAGCUCAUGGGUCGGACAUGGACGCACUCACCGGGUGCAUGGUGGCGGCAGGCAUCCCCACCACUACCAUUGAGGUGGGGUAUGAUGGUGGACAUGAGAUGGCUGGGUGA